AUGAAACACAAUAACAUACGUUCUUCAAUAGAGCAGCUACGUGGAGUGUUUGGCCUUAAUGAGCUGGGGCAAGGCUUUGAGAGGGAGCGUGAUUAUAUGCAGAAUGUUCAUGGGAAGGAGAUCGACCUGCUUCGGACUACGGUGAAGGUUCCAGGGAAGAGGCCCCCCAGGGCCAUCUCCACAUGUGCGGCCCCCGGUCCCAAAACCAAUGGGUUGACCAAGGACAUGAGCAACCUGCAGCUUGGGCAGGCACCAGGCUCUGUGACCAGUAGUUCCUCAGCGUCUCAGAUGGCGAGUGGCAUCAGUCUGGUGUCGUUUAACAGUCGGCCGGACGGGAUGCAUCAGCGCUCAUAUUCUGUAUCCAGCGCUGACCAAUGGAGUGAUGCCACAGUCAUCGCCAACUCAGGAAUCAGCACGGAUACCAGUAUGGGAGAAUCUGUGUGCUCCAGCCCUAGCAUAUCCAGUACCACCAGUCCAAAGAUGGAUCCGCCCCCAUCGCCCCACGCCAACCGCAAAAAACACCGGAGAAAGAAGAGUACCAGUAACUUCAAGGUGGACGGCUUCUCUGGAACUGCAGAAGCCAAAGUACGUAGGGCAUGGAAACUAAAUCGCGUCAGUAGUCUUCGCAACAUUUACAGCUUUGCCUCCAACGUUGAAGAACAAGAGGACAACUUUGAGUUCAUCAUUGUUUCUCUGACGGGACAGACUUGGAAUUUUGAGGCAACAUCCUAUGAGGAGCGGGACGCAUGGGUUCAGGCCAUUGAGAGCCAGAUCUUGGCGAGCUUGCAGUCCUGCGAGAGCAGCAAACAGAAGUCUCGUCUGAGCAGCCAAUCAGAAGCCAUCGCGCUGCAGUCUGUCAGGAACAUGAGAGGAAACACACGCUGUGUGGAUUGUGAAGCUCAGAAUCCUGAUUGGGCCAGUCUGAACCUAGGGGCUUUGAUCUGUAUCGAAUGUUCAGGCAUUCAUCGGAACCUGGGUACUCACCUGUCCCGUGUUCGCUCCUUGGACCUGGACGAGUGGCCCCUGGAGCUCAUCAAGGUUAUGUCUGCCAUUGGAAAUGAGCUGGCUAAUAGUGUGUGGGAGGCCAAUGCUCAAGGACGCCUAAAGCCUGCUCCUGAUGCCAGCAGAGAGGAACGUGAGCGCUGGAUCAGGGCCAAAUACGAGCAGAAGUUGUUUUUGGCAUCGCUGCUGUGCACAGAGCUGUCUCUAGGACAGCAGCUACUGAGGGCCACGGCGGAGGAAGACCUGCGCUUAGUGGUCAUACUGCUGGCCAACGGCUCCAGAGAUGAGGUCAACGAAACCUGCGGGGAAGGGGACGGCCGGACAGCCCUGCACCUGGCCUGCCGCAAGGGAAAUGUCGUGACCACGCAACUGCUCAUAUGGUACGGCGUGGACAUCAUGGCACGGGAUGCUCACGGCAAUACGGCAUUGGCGUACGCACGGCAAGCUAACAGUCAGGAGUGUAUGGACAUCCUCCUUCAGUACGGCUGUCCCGACGAGCGUUACCCGCUCAUGGCCACUCCCAACCUGUCCCGCAGGAACAAUAAUCGCAAUAACAGCUGCAGCAGCAUGAACAGUGCAGUUAUAUGAGGAAUAAAACACACACACAUGAACAUGCACUCUGGUCAGCACUCCUCCUCCUCCCUCUCUAUACACACCUCCAUAUGUACAGCACCACCACUGCAUCAGAAUCAUGAAACUACAGCAGACUCAAGGGAAUGAUGAGGAUGAUGAUGAAGCAUGAGAAGAGCUACUGUGUUUGCACUCACGGCCUCCCCUUGCCUCUUGUGAAACGAUCCGCACCCUGACUCUACAAUCCGUCUAGUUGGAAACGUUGUUCUGACAAGGUCUUGGCCAGUCCUGUCAUCUAUUUUUUUGGGAGAGUGACCCCGUCCAAUGUCUCGCUGCAUCAUGGAACAAAAAUUCAAACAACCCUGGAUUCUGCUUUUCGGACUGCGGCAGUUGAAGCUACAAGUCCAUGAUGGGAUAAUAAGGUGUGUAUGUAUUUGGUAACUGAUGGCCUGGUGACGCAUCUUAUCAGCCUCUUUUCUGUGGAGUCCAAUAGGAAAUGAUGGGAUACUUUUACUCCGAAUCUUCAAAAUGACCCGGAAGUCACUUCACUUGGUCACCAUGGUCACCAUGCGUGUCUGGACUUUCAUCUCACCCCUUUGACACUGGUUUUUCUGUCUGUUCUCUCUCUCUCUCCCUCUUUCUUUACAUCUGACUCUUUUUCAGUCAGUAUGUCCAUUAUGUCUUCUUCUUUUAUUUUAAAGGAAUUCGAAAGGAUGUAACACCCAAAUAUUGAGUCAUACGUUUGAAGUUUGAAAUCUGACAUGGUCUUUUAAACCUUUUUUUGUUUUAACAUUGUUGAGUAGCAUUUGUCUUAGUGCUCAUUACUGGACCAACGGAGGAUUCUUAAAAAGGUGUUUAAAGAUUUAUGUUUCUCAGACUUAAAAAGGGAAUUACAUUUUUUACUUUCAACAGCUUUUAUUUAGCCAUUUUUUUUUAUCUUUCGACACGUCAAACUAGCCUUAUAUGUUGCCCAUUCCCCAUGUUCAUCAAAGUCCUCGUUUUAAUUAAAGUAAUAUCACAGGUAGGUUGCUAGAAUAUGCUCAUGGUGGCCGUUGCUCUCGUACAGUGGCGUGCCUCUCUCAGGUCAUCUCUGUUGCUGUUCACCGCAGCGUCCGAAACCUCAUGCAUCUCACUGAAGAGAAGGGCUCUCUGGGUCUUCAAUCCCAAUCUGUACAUACUUCUUCCUUCUCUUUCAUUCUAUUUUUUUUUCUCUAAGUAGUGUACUAUAUUGAAAGUAUUUGAAGAAAACACCCCCUCUGACAUAAGCCUUUAUUAUUAUAUUUUUACCAGCCCCUUUUCUUGUUUCAGUGCAGCUUUUGGUGUCAGAAAGUGUGCCUGUUUGAGUCGAGUUCCCUAUUUCUCUGAAUUGUUCUUCAGGGCUUAUUUUUCCUCCUUGCCUUUAUCUUCUUCCUUUAUCGUGUGUCAAGGAGUAUUAAAGCAAUACGAAGCCAAAAUCCCGGCAGGUCGACACACGAGUAAUAAUUUCUCGCCGAACGUCACCCCAGCGGUCCGAGCAGCCAUUGUUAUUGAGAGAUGUAAAGCCGAUGUAAGACUCUGUCUCAGGUCGUAUAUCAUUACUGAAGAUCCCAUGCAGGGUUUGAUAUUGACUUACUCCAUAAUAUGAUUUAAUGGGCUUUGAUCAUUUAAUCUCAGCUUCCAUUGAUUUUGCUCUUCGCUGGGUAGUAGAAAUGUGAAGGUACUUAGCUUGGGGUUGGAGAUGUGGGAGACUCUGUGUUGUAGAAUUGAUGUUCCGCAAUACAAACAAUCUGGAAAGUCUUCGAGCUUGUUGAUAGACAUUUUGGGAAUAUGUAGAGAAACGUAGAUAGUUUAGAAAACAGUGAGAGUUGAAAAGCUUUAGUGAAGGAUGUGCGGAUGUAAACUAUGAGAGAAAUAUUGAGGUAUGUUGAUUUUCAGCUCAAAAAGGGUGCAGUUUUCGCCUUGUAUAUAACGUAGCAGGCCUUUAGAGGCUUUACCACAAUAACCAUUAUUUAUGACUAAAUGCACUACAGAACACCGAUCACUUGUUGUGAAGAACCCACAAUAUAAUGUCCACUUUGAAUCCUUUCUGUGAAAAAACUGUCGUUUUUGUUUUCUUUUUGCAUGAACGGAUGUAAAUGUUUUCUUCGUUGUGUAAAUGUCUUCAUAAAAUGACUGUUCCCUGACAAGUGACGCUAAAGAGUCUGCCAUUUUAAUAUGAAAAAAAACCUUACGAACAACUUGUGUGUCAUAUCUUUCUUUUUUUUUUUGUCAGUCCUCCCAUCUCCUUCUUUUGUAAUCCAUCACUUUGAGCAAAACAUUUUUUUUUGAUCAUCUGUCUAUCUGUAACUGAAUAUAGAAAGCAUGAAUGAGCAAAAGAGACAAAAAUCCAACCAAUACCAUGACAGCAACCAAAGGAUCAUGCCAGCCCUUGUGAGAGAUAACGCAGAGCGUUGUGGGCUUUAUCAGUACGUUCCAAGUUGCUUGAACAUAUCGUCGUUUUUAUUUCAGUUUCCAUUCACCAGUCGUCGCUUUUUGUAAAUAGAUGUAAAAAUGGAGAAACCCGUAGUGUUUGUUUACUUUGUUUUCGUUUGUGUUCGUUACCUCAUUUCAUCAACCGUCUCCGUGUUCCUUUCAAACCCAAGAGACCCGUGUAAUUAUUUAUGAAUAUGUUAAUCUGAAAGGGGAGGAGUCUCUCACACUACUUGGGUUUUGCAUUUGUUCCUUUAUUCAGUCCAUUGGCAUCGCAAUUAUCAUUCUGAAUCAAAUUAUCGGUGUUGUAUUUCUAAUUAUUGUUGUUAUUAUAUUGAGUUUGUGUCAGCUGUACAGUACUGUGUUGAAAAAUUAUACCUGAUGCAGAGUCUUAUACUGUAAUGUCUCUUUUCAAUAAAAUGCUUCUUAAUAUAA